AUGACAUGUCGUGCUUGCGCUUCCACAGUGAUUCGGAGACUCCGAGAAUGGAGCUAUUAUGGACUGACAGCGGGGCACGGCGGCCACAAGGUGGCGCUGACCACCCGGUCCUCACCAGAUCCUCUCUUGCUCCAGUGGAUACACCCACCAGAGACACAUGUGACCCAUCACCCCAGAUCUCAAGGUGAUGUCACCCUGAGGUGCUGGGCCCUGGGAUUCUACCCUCCUGACAUCACCCUGACCUGGAAGAGGGAUGAGGAGGGACAGACACAGGACAUGGAGCUUGUGGAGACCAGACCUGCAGGGGAUGGAAGCUUCCAGAAGUGCAGUGUGGUGGUGCCUUUUGGAGAGGAGCUGAAAUACACAUGCCAUGUACAGCAUGAGGGUCUACCUGAGCCCCUCACCCUGAGAUGGGAGCCUCCUCAGUCCUUCCCCAUCAUGACCAUUGUUGGUGCUGUCCUUGGAGCUGUGCUGAUCUUAGGUUUUAUCAUUGGAGGUGUUAUGAUGUGGAUGAGGAAGAACACAGGUAUGGAAGGACAAGGUCUGGUGGAAUAG